UAAGCCUUUAUCUGUUGACAGGACUGCUGCUCCGGAGAAAGAAAUGCGUUUUUCCUUCCUCGAGCAAAUGUUGGAGGCUUUAAAAUAUUGAGGUCAGUAACCAGGACAGCUAAUUGGAGGCUUUCUCAAUAUUUUUGCUGCUCUAAACAUGGUGUACAACCCUCGAAUGAAGAUUUGGAUGCACAUUUUUAUUACAUUGUUCUUGUUUAAGCUAGUGUUUAGUGUUGGAGCUGAUGGCACUCCAGUGCGUCGACGCGGCUGUUAACCGUGCCAGUUAACAGCAAGAAAGAAGAUAAAAUCCACAGGCUAAAAUAAAUCCAAAGAUAUUUGUAAGAAUCAGUGUGAAUAAUAAAAAAUGUAAAACAACAGAUAUACAAGAAAAGAAACAUCCAUAGGCUCUUCGUAACACUUCUAGCCUGCUUUUAUAUAUCACCAGCGAGGCCUUGAAUUUACUGCAGAUAUGUAAACGUGUUUUGGAUUGCUGAUAAACAUUAUGUAAAUGAGACGUGAAGGAUUACAUUUGCUCUGCACUUCGUGCACCGACGCCGAGUGCAAAUACAGCCGAAACCUGGGAAUCUCCAAAACGUCAGGGAAAAAAAUAGGGAAAUUCUACAUCAGGGCAUAGAUGGUCUGCGGGACAUUAAGGAUUUAAUCCUCGUCGUCAUACGAUGGAUAAGGUAGAGGAGAUCUUGUCAGAGUUCAAGUUGAAGAAGGAAGAGCUUAAAGAAGUUAUGAAAAGGAUGCAGCAUGAGAUGGACAGAGGAUUGCGUUUAGAGACGCAUGAAGAGGCCAGUGUCAAAAUGCUUCCAACAUAUGUCUGCUCGACCCCUGAGGGAUCAGUGUGUGUUUUAGCAGAGGUGGGAGAUUUCCUGGCUCUCGACCUGGGGGGAACCAACUUUCGUGUGAUGCUUGUGAAGGUGGGUGCAGAUGAAGAGAGGAUCUGGAAUGUGGAGACCAAGAACCAGAUGUACUCCAUUCCUGAAGAUGCCAUGACCGGCACUGCUGAAAUGCUAUUUGACUACAUAGCAGAGUGCAUGUCAGACUUUUUGGACAAACAUAAUUUGAAGCACAAGAAGCUUCCUCUGGGUUUUACCUUCUCCUUUCCAGUACGACAUGAGGACAUUGACAAGGGUAUCCUGCUUAACUGGACCAAAGGCUUCAAGGCUUCUGGGGCCGAAGGGAACAACAUUGUUGGUUUACUCAGAGAUGCUAUCAAGAGACGAGGGGACUUUGAGAUGGAUGUGGUUGCCAUGGUGAACGACACAGUAGCCACCAUGAUUUCCUGCUACUAUGAGGAUCGCAGCUGUGAAGUUGGGAUGAUUGUUGGCACUGGUUGUAAUGCAUGCUACAUGGAGGAGAUGAGGACUGUGGAGCUGGUGGAAGGGGAGGAGGGCCGGAUGUGUGUGAACACAGAGUGGGGGGCGUUCGGAAACAACGGGGAGCUGGAGGAGUUCAGACUGGAGUACGACAGAGUGGUGGACGAGAACUCCAUUAACCCAGGACGGCAGCUAUAUGAGAAGCUUAUCAGUGGGAAGUAUAUGGGAGAGCUGGUCAGGCUUGUUCUGAUGAAGCUGGUGAAUGAAGACCUGCUGUUCAACGGUGAGGCGUCAGAGCAGCUGAAGACACGUGGAAGCUUUGAGACGUGCUUUGUCUCACAGAUGGAGAGUGACACUGGGGACAGAAAGCAAAUUUACAACAUCCUGUCCUCGCUGGGUGUUCUGCCAUCAGAGCUGGAUUGUGACAUUGUGCGUUUGGUGUGCGAGAGAGUCUCCACUCGCUCUUCACAUAUGUGCGGCGCCGGGCUUGCAGCUGUGAUCAACCGGAUGCGGGAGCGACGCAGCCAAGAAGCCCUGAAGAUCACAGUGGGGGUUGAUGGAUCUGUCUACAAGCUGCACCCAUGGUUCCGUGAAAGAUUCCACCAAAUUGUCAGGGACCUCACGCCUCACUGUGAGAUCACCUUCAUCCAGUCGGAGGAGGGGAGUGGUCGUGGAGCCGCCCUUAUCUCAGCAGUGGCCUGUAAGAUGGCUGCCUGCAUGCUGACCCAGUAAACUGAACUGUGAUCUGAGAACAUUGAUGACAAGUCAUUCAGAGUCGGCAGCUCCGGCCUUUUUUAGGCUCUGAGUGAUGUGUCACUGACCGUCGGGCGGACACCCACAGCUGGAUGAUGUACAGACAAAAAAACAAGCUGUAUUAUACUGUAUUUGGUAGCAUUAGACCAGAUUGUUGAAAAAUAUAAUGUUCCUGAAUCUGUGUAUCACUGCCUAUUGAUAAUGUUUGGGUAUGAACUGGCCCAUUUCAACAAUGGUUAAGUAUUAUUGGUGAUAUGGUAUAAUGCCCAUGCAAACCUGUUCCUUAUAUUACUUGUACAUGUAAACCCAGGGAAUUCAUUUGUAAAUGCUGCUACGAUCUAUGACUAAACCAACUAUAUUCUUUGUUAUGCAGCGAUUUCUGUUUGUGAGAAAGGAAAUAUUCAGUUGUCAUGUAUAUUUCAAUUAUCCAAAUCUAUAUGCAUUUUAGUUAUUGCAUUGCAGUUUUCUAAUGUGCAUGAUGAAAUGUGCUUUGGAUGUGAAUAAGCCCAACUGUAAAUAAAAAUGCUUUAAUAGACUCAACUAUUAUAUUUAAACUUAUGUAAAUAUCAGUUUAAUUACCAAAUAUUAUAUUUAAUACCAAAGCUGAAAUGGAAUAGCAAAAUAUUUUUUAUGAGGUUUUGUGAAUCAGAAAACAAAUCCGAUUGUCCCUGUACUGCAAUAGGAAACGCUGUCCAAAGUGAAUUAAAACACAUCUUCAGUAGUAUAUAACUAUGUUGCAUUGUUGGAGGACCUCGGGACCUUGCCAUUUCUUCACUGUAGUUUGUGUGCAUAUGACAUUAAAGCCUUUGAAUUGAA